AUGUCUGUCGUUAACAAAGAGUUCAACGCUUUCUGGAAGCAAUUAUAUAGUGAAUUGCAGUCGUUGUCGUCAGAAGCCAAGAAAAGGAACAAUGCUAUAAGACAGGCAAGCGAUAAGUCGAUAGAGAUAUUGAAAACUGUACAUAGUUAUGAUGAACUUUCGCAACAUCCCGAUUUUGUGGUGCCAUUCAUAUUAUCAUGCUCAUCAAACAAUGCUAAAUUCACUACUAUUUCGAUGCAGUGUCUGCAGGGGUUAGCGUCGACGCCUUGUUUGCCGCAGGAUAAAUUAUCGGAUGUGCUUGAUGGGUUCAUCGACGCAACUCAAUUGGCGUUAGAAAUUAAAUUAAAGGUGUUGCAGGUACUGCCGAUUUUUUUCAAAAACUACUCUCAAUACGUAUUUGGUCCCUUGUGUGCUAAACUUCUGCGUUGUUGUUCAAACUUAUUGCAUUCACCCAAUAAAUCAUCUAUGGUAGUUGGAACCGCCAGUGCGACAUUACAACAGCUGAUAGAUGAAAUAUUUGAGCGAGUAUUGAGCGAAGACAGUGCGCUAGAGGAGGGAGACUACAGUGUAUUGGUGGGGAAUAACGAAUCGAUAAAAGUCAAUGCCUAUCGUUUCGAUGCAAAUCGUUUAUUUUCAGAUUUAUGUUCAUCAUUUGAUAUUACAGAUUCUCAAGAACACGGUAUUGAUGAAUCAUUUUUGGAUACCAAAAAUCUGCCUGUGACAUACGGUUUGGAAAUUCUAGAGUCAAUUCUACAAAACGGAAAAGGAAUUUUCCUUAAAUUUACAGAUAUGCAAUUUCUCUUGCGGAUCAAAACUGUACCUUUUUUAUUACGUUGCAUCUCUUCGGGCAAACACUUUUCAAUAGUACUGCGAAGUUUUCGCUGCAUAAACUUGCUAAUGAAUGAAGACUAUCUUUUAGUAUUGGAGCUAGAAAUGGAAGUCAUACUCUCCCUUUUAAUACACGCCCUAUCUAUCGACUCGGAUUCUUCUCUGUGGAAGAAGGCUUUAUCAUUAGAAAUUUUUGCCAACGUUGCGCAAAAUUUUAACUUGCUAGCAGAGGUAUUUAUGACAUAUGACAACUUUCCCGACAAGAAGCAUGUCAUAACCAACCUGCUGAAUGAACUGCUUCGGUUGUUGUCCGAUGAAGAUGUGAAGAAUUGCCUGUGUGAAUCGGACGUGAUAGAAAAACUGGAUCAGCCCAUUAUUUCAGCCGAAGUUUUACCUUUGAAAAUCCAGUAUAUUCACAUGCUUGAUAAAAGCAAUGCACCAUCAGUAAACAUCAUCUACAUAAUAUGGUUAAUUUUGACCAUUCCAAAUGAAAUGUCGGACGGCUUGAGUGUCGCUACCCUCAAGUUUUCGCAAUCUGCCGACGAGCUUUCCAGUGCUGAUCAUCUCGAAAGAUUAACUAUUGUCUAUCAAGGUAUUUUCAGUGGUUUGUUUGAGAUCCAUUGCAAGUUCUUAUUCUCUACCAGUUUAGAUACACCAUUGUUUCACUCAUUGAUAAGGGCGUUUCAAAAGCUCGCUCAUGCAGCGGGAAUGCUGUCUCUAUCAAAAGAGCUAAAUCGAUGCCUUGACCUUUUCUCGCAGGCAAUUGUAACUAACGGUAUAACGAACAACCCAAUGCAUCUAGAAACUUCUCAACAAAGCACUAUAUUCAACACCUUAAGUGGAUCGUUAGUGGGACCGACCUCCUCUGAUAAAGUUUCUUCUGAAUUUCAAUUCAGGCGCAUCUUCCCUCCUCGAAAUAUAAACCAGCGGCAAGUUAGUCUCUUUCGGGCGUUAAUAUCAUUAUCUGUAUCUCUGGGACCUGCCCUAGAUUCAGAGAAUUGGUCGUACAUCUUAAAGACGUGGCAAUGGAUUUCCUAUUACGUCUAUGGACCUUCCGCCGAUAUAAUGGAGGAGUUUUAUGCGCAGGAUGUCCCACCCUCUCCCUCGAUGACAAAAAAUGAGAUACUAUCCGUGGAAAAUAGCAUCGUAAAGCUCUACGAAAGCACCACUUCAUAUGGAAGUACAGCAUUUAAAGCCAUUCUUGAACAACUGAUAUCGGAGUGUCAAUGUUCCCUAUUUCCAAGAGAAAUGAAUGACGAUGUAGAUGCCUCGUCUAACAAAACGACUGCUUGUAGACAGAUCGAAGGCUGUGCUUGCAAUCGAUUAUUUUACAUUACGCAAAUUGGAGAGUUAGCGAUUUACAAUUCGAGCCGAUUCUUUACAGAUCAAAAGAACAAAGAAACUGCUCUGAUGGCAGUAAAUUAUUUGAUAGAGCUUGUUGCCAACAGAGAUUUACCAAAUUUGACAAUAAGAUUAUAUGCAGCAAAAACUUUCACUGAUAUUAUAAGAAAAGUUUGCUUUGAAGUAGGGAGCAUUGAAGAUCAGGAUCUCAGAGUCGCCAGAUUUCACAUUCUUGAGAGCGUCAUACUGGAUUCAAUAUUGAAUUGCAUCAAUGCGCUCAAAGAAUUAGAUGUUACAAAAAAUACCAUCCACAACGGGGUAUUGAAAGCAGAAUCCGAAAUUCUUCUGCAAUUGCUAUCGGCCUUGAAGGAUAUUCUCAAUGAGUUUGGUGAUAUAAUAAAUACGUCAUGGUCAGCUGUAUUUAUGAUCGUCAAUUCGCCAUUUGAGUGGCUCAAAAAGGAUUUAAACGACGUCUUAGUGGAGGACGAAAGUGAUUCUUCGUUGGUAAAUGGUAUACUUCAAAAGUAUAAGGAAAUGAUUCAGGUAUCCUAUGAUGUCUUCAAGUUGAUUUCUGAUGACUUUUUGCAAUCACUGCCAAUUCAGAUAAUCAAAAUCGUAAUUGAUACACUUCUCAAUUUCGUGAUGCAAGAACUGAAUUUAAAUAUAUCCUUUUCAUCUAUCAGUCAAUUUUGGCUCGUCGGCGACUAUUUAAGGCAGCGAAAGGAUCAACCCCUGAUUUCAAAUGAAGAGAAAGAGUUUCUUCAUGACAUCGAGAGUGGAAGACUGGAAGAAAUCAUAUCCUCACAUGAUGCGGGAGCAUACAAGAUGUAUAAUGGAUUGUGGCUGUACCUCUUAAAGAAGCUAAUCGAGUGCUCUGAGGAUAAAAGAAUCGAGGUAAAAAAUGGUGCCGUUCAGACAUUUUUUAGAAUUGUUGAUUCCCAUGGUGCCUUCUUUCCGGAUUGGAAUUUGAUUUUUCUCGAAGUUAUCAAGCCGUUGUUGACAAACAAAUGGAGUGUGAGAGAUCAAACCAGUGAUGCGGAAUUCUGGAACCAUACUUUUGAAGGUUUGGUUGAUCUUUACCCUUCCCAUUUUACGGAUUUUUCAGAAGAUGGAGCCGGGACUGAACAGUGGAGGAUGCUGUUAGAUUUUAUAGAAAGCUAUGUGGGGUCUGGCUCAACCGAUGUAGCAUAUGUUGCGAUCGUCAAUUACCACACGUUAUUGAAAUCAAUGCUUGACAUGGCAUACCUGCCGAAAGAGGUUUUGGACAAGGUUAUGGAUAUAUGGAGCCGCUACAACAUUGUUUAUGGCGACCUCACCGAUAAUACAUUUGCCAAGAGAAGUAACUAUGAUUGUGUCCAAGAGUUUAUUGCAAGCUUCCCACACCUAUAUAAGCUAAUAAUGAAAUAUGAGGGCGUAACAGUCGAGUUUCUUGAAAAGAUUUUGAGUCUUUUUAACUCUGCUGUCAGAUAUCCUCUGUUGCCCGAAAAUAUUAGAGACAAGAUAAAACCAUCUUCUCUCCAGCUAGCAGUUCUCACUGGCUUAAGUACAUUUGCACAGUCAGAGAAUGGUAAUAUUGAGGUGUUAAUUCUUUUCCAGCUGAGCGCAAUCAUGGCGCUACCAUUCGAGACCAAAGAAAAGAUUGAGAAAAAGCUGCUUCCAAAACUACCUGUGUCAUCGAGAUCGCGGAUCCCUUCAUUUGAGGCAGUAAGCUUCAGCGCUUUUAAACUUUUGAAAGAGAGGCUUGAAGCGGAGAGAAACUGGGCAUUUUUGACUGAAAGAGCCUCUAUCAAGAUAAUGAAUAACCUCAGCAAUGUAAUAAGUCGCAAACCAUUUUUUGAAGUGGUGAAAGAUUCCGAGGAGCCAAUAUGGAUAAUGGUAUCAAGGUGCUUCAGGGAUAUUUCGCUGAAGAUGUUUAGCGUAAGUUCUACUUUAAGAGCAAUAGAUCAAUCAAGGAGGGACUUCUGUGAUAUAUUUGUGGGUGUAGCGGCCUCAAUACUGAAGAGAAUAGAUGCGAUUGCCGAUAAAAAAACAGGAAGCCUUGAUGCAAUAGAAUAUGCACAUUACAGAGAAAUUCUGCUGAAGAAAGAGAUCAUUCAAUAUCUGGAUAAAACUCAGAUAGACAAUUUCCUAACAGCUAUUUGGGAAUGUUCCUUUUUGUACGAGUUUAGUGAAGUCGAGAAUGAGAUACUCGACCUAAGUGAGUCACUUUCCUCACUAGCCUCCAAAUUAUCACAAUUUGAGUUUGCAGACGUUGCUGGUUCAACUACCGAGACACCUAUAUUGAGCAAAUAUCAAUGCUCUAUCGCUUGUCUAAAGGAUCUUAUAUCAUUUGCCAUUAUUCCUGGUUCCGAGUAUGAAGAAAUACGUCGCUCAUGCUCACCAUACUUGGUAUGCAGGCUUGCAUUCGCAUUGAGAAGAUACAUAUCCAAUGAAUCACUAGUAAGACGGGCUCCAAUUCCAAAAGUUCGCAAAAUCGAGCUCGAAAUACUAUUGGUGGGUCUUCAUGACAUUCUUGAACCAACAAAUGAGAAUACGAAAUCAACAGAUGAAGCAAUUUUAACGGCUCUAAAAGUGUUGCACCCGUUAAUACUGAGAACAAUUCCUCUGUCACAUAAAUUAGAUGUACUGCAAAAGGAUGUACUUGAACUGUCGCUAGGCUUUACAAGACUUAUAUCUAAGAGUGAUAUAUAG